AUGGGAUACUCAUACACAUAUGGAGUCGGCGGGAUAGGGUCCACCCUAGCGAUUGUGGGAGCUUAUAUGCUCUUCACCGGCAGUGGUGAAGCCUUCAACGUCGGUGCGUUCCUCGAAUCCGUCUCGCCGUACGCGUGGGCAGACCUGGGCAUUGCGCUCUGCAUCGGACUGUCGGUGGUUGGGGCAGCAUGGGGUAUCUUCAUCACGGGCUCGUCUAUCCUCGGCGGAGGUGUCAAGGCCCCGCGGAUCCGCACCAAGAACCUGAUCUCCAUCAUCUUCUGCGAGGUCGUCGCCAUUUACGGCGUCAUCAUGGCCAUCGUCUUCUCGGCCAAGAUCAACCCGGUGGAGGGCGAGGCGGCGUGGUCAGCCGACACCUAUUAUACCGGAUAUGCGCUCUUCUGGGCGGGCAUCACGGUUGGCAUGUGCAACCUAAUCUGCGGCGUUGCCGUGGGUAUCAACGGGAGCGGCGCCGCGUUGGCGGAUGCCGCCGACCCCACUCUCUUCGUCAAGAUGCUCGUGAUCGAGAUCUUCAGCUCUGUCCUGGGCUUGUUCGGCCUGAUCGUCGGGCUACUCGUGUCCAACAAGGCGCCCGACUUUGGCAGCGCUUAA